AGCCGCGAUGGGCAACGCCACCUCGUGCUGCGUGUCGUCCAGCCCCAAGCUGCGCCGCAAUGCCCACUCCCGCCUCGAGUCCUACCGCGCCGAGGCCGAGCUGAGCCGCGACGACACGGGCUGCAACCUGCAGCACAUCAGCGACCGCGAGAACAUCGACGAUUUGAACAUGGAAUUCAACCCAUCAGAUCAUCCUCGAGCCAGUACAAUAUUUCUCAGUAAAUCUCAAACAGAUGGAAAAUUAUUGAGAGAAAAACGCAAGAGUCUCUAUAUAAACCACCAUCCUCCUGGGCAGUUGAGAAGGAAGUACAGUUCCUGCUCCACUAUUUUCCUGGAUGACAGCACAGUCAGUCAACCAAACCUCAAGUAUACCAUCAAAUGUGUAGCUCUUGCAAUAUAUUACCACAUCAAAAACAGGGACACAGACGGAAGAAUGCUCUUAGAUAUUUUUGAUGAAAACCUUCAUCCCCUCUCGAAAACCGAAGUGCCACCAGAYUAUGAUAAACAUGACCCAGAGCAGAAACAGAUCUACCGCUUUGUACGGACGUUGUUCAGUGCUGCUCAGCUGACUGCUGAAUGUGCCAUUGUCACCCUGGUAUAUCUUGAAAGACUUUUAACUUAUGCAGAGAUAGACAUUUGCCCAGCAAACUGGAAGCGAAUUGUACUGGGUGCAAUUCUCCUGGCAUCCAAAGUCUGGGAUGACCAGGCAGUGUGGAACGUGGAUUACUGCCAGAUCCUGAAGGAUAUCACAGUGGAAGACAUGAAUGAGCUGGAACGCCAGUUUCUCGAGCUGUUGCAGUUCAAUAUUAAUGUUCCCUCCAGUGUUUAUGCCAAGUAUUAUUUUGAUUUACGUUCCCUGGCAGAAGCAAAUAACCUGAGUUUUCCUCUGGAGCCCCUGAGCAGGGACAGAGCUUAUAAACUCGAGGCCAUUUCCCGCUUGUGUGAAGAUAAAUAUAAGGACUUCAGGAAAUCCGCAAAGAAACGGUCAGUCAGUGCUGACAAUCUGACUGUGGUUAGAUGGUCCCCUGCUAUUAUCUCCUAACAGAGGAGACUGGAAUAUUCCUAUGGACUGUUUCAUCCAUCCAAUGGUUUUUGGGGUAGGCUGGGUGGGGGAAAAAAAAAGACUCUUUUUUUUUUAUUUUAAUUUUUAAAUCUGUCAAGCUGCCUUUACAGUGCCUCCCCAUUGUGUAGCACACAAGCGUAAAAUACCUAGUGGAAGGAGAAAUCAGUGGCUGGGAAAGAAGAUGGGCAACAAUUUUCUUCUCACUUCACUAACAGCUUUACCAUUUUAUGAGGAUACAGCAAAUCAGGUGCUUGGAAGAAGAAACAAAAACARUGAAGUAGAGGCAGAAGACGAUUAAGAAUUGUGCCAUUUUUUUGUAAUAUGCUCUACUUUUGAAGAGAAAUGACAGCGUGAAAACAAACCACAUAGUCAGAUGACUGUGCACUAGAGGAGUGAAGUUGGGAGCGAUCCAUCCUAAAGUUUUCUCUUAAUAUCUUUUUUUACUUUUUGUUUCUGCAUUCCUCAUUGCUGCUUUCCAGGAUAAAUUCUUCCCCUUGCACAGCAGCAAAUACAAAGUCUGUAUUUACAGUAGCACAAGCUCCAGAAUAAAGAGGGUUUUUGGUUUUUUUUUUCCCACUGCACUUUUCUCUCUAAGCUGUCUUAUUAGCAUUAUUCUUCAUAAUAAUUAUGCAUAUGUUAUAUUUGUUCUAUGCCUUUCAUUGUAUUUCAAAAGAGAUAACUUGACCAUAGUGCUGAACCAAAAGUGUGUACAGGGAUCAGAAGAUCGUUCAUAAUUUCACGAUGUGUUUUAUUUAUAGUGUACUUGGGUGCGUGUGCCUUCCUGAGUUCUUGGAAUCAUUUAUUUUUCCUUAAUAUAAAGAUACAGUUGUUAAAGUAUUCAGAUGAUGAUGAUGAUGAUGAUGAGACUUGGGCCAAAUCUCUGAAAUUUGCAACAGAUCUUGUGAUCCUUUUGCAGAUUUUCACAGCGUUAGAAGUUCAGUAGAAUUCAUUUGGAGGGAGGUUGGUUUUUUGUGUGUGUUUUGUUUUGCUUUGUUUUUGGUCUGGCCUGACUAGUUCAUUCCUUCACUUCCAGGUCCAUUGUUGCAAGCAAUAUUCUCAAUUUUUAUAUGUUUACUUUAAAUCAAAGUGAGUCUGUUUGUAUAAAAUAAAAAAUAAUAAAAAAAAAAUCCAGUGAGAAGGCCUGUAGAAGAGCAGAAUGGUAAUCUUAACAAGGUAUUUGUCACAAGUAGAUUCGAUUUUAAAACUAAAGUACAAACCCUUGAUUUUUUUCAGUGUAGGUGCUUAUAGAAAUUAAAAAUAACCAAACUGUGAAGAUAAGUUUAAACGCUGAUUAUUAAGCUCUUCUGUUGUUGUUACUAGUUCCCUCUUACUAUCCCUGGGGAUUUCCCCCUUGGGAUUUGUAAGAACCCUUUAGAGAAAAUAAUUUACCAGAGGAAACAUAAUUGCKCUACCCUAUUGCAUCCCAGAGUGAUCUGUGUUUUUUUUCCAUUUAAUUGCGCAGCUUAGAAAGAUACGGUUAAAAAUAUCUCAGUCCCCUGAAAUCCUUUAUUUGUGACUAUCACUGAAAUGAAUGGCAACAGACGUCCCUGAUUUAUGCACUAACGUGGUAAACCAUAAAGAUUCCAUGUUUGUUUUAUUAAGCCCUAUGGGCUUGUAGCAAAGCUAGGGGCCCAGAGAUGCACACUCUUAACUCCAGUGCAAUGCUAAUCAGAUGCCUCCAGAUGGAGAAGCACUGACAGGAUUGAAGUGGUUAAGACCAAACAAUUUUCUGUAAACUUUCUAAUGUGAUUCAUGCAGUAUGAGACAUGAAGGCUUUGUCUGUAAAUUCUCCUGAGGUCUUUGGGGCCUUUARAAUAAUCUAAUUCUCAUCAUUUAUUCUUGUGCCAACACAUCAGAACUGUGAGUACCCCAGUCCAUUUUUCCCUUGAACGUGGAAUGUAAGGCAAGUCUUUAUUAAGGUAAAAAUGCAAAUUGGAGCAUUUGGAACCUCUUUGCAAAUAGUAUCAAAAGGAGCAUUUUCAAAGCGUUUGAAAUUUAUCCUUUAUAAGCAUAAAUUUAGGCUUUAAAAAUAUGUAAAAUAUUUUGAUUUAUCAACACUUUGCUAAACUAUUUUUGGUUUAACUUGAUAUCAGGAAUAUUGGUUUUAUCCAUUUCUGGGUGAUAGAGAUAUGAACUUUGGAUUAUGUAAAAAAUCUCAAUGCAUCUACUAUAAUUUUUGUGAAGUUUAUUAAACUACUUUAAAGAUUGUAUAGUCUAUUUAUUGUAUGUAUGUACAUACAGUCUGAUACUUUAAAAAGUGGAUUCCGUAAAACCUGGCUCAGUCUUGUUUAGACUAUUGAAUAUCGUUUUAGCCUUGUGCACUGGACUCUACCUCUGUAUAGGAGAAUUUUCCA